AGCACCAGGAGCUUCCCGGUGCUUCCGUGCAGGCCUCGGUUGUUUGCUGGAUCUUGGAGGGGACUCAGUUGAGCACUUGGGGUGGAAAGCGACUCGUUCGACCUGUGGUUUCCUGAGGGCGUCUCCGCCCCUCUGCCGGUCUAUUCCCGGAGCUUGGGCCUGCUCCCAGGCAGCGCGCCGGGCGCCCAAGGAAGGCGGAGGCGAUGGUACAGAUGGAGACGCAACUGCAGAGCAUUUUUGAGGAGGUGGUGAAAACGGAAAUUAUAGAAGAGGCUUUCCCUGGCAUGUUUAUGGACACCCCUGAAGAUGAAAAAACAAAACUAAUUAGCUGUUUGGGGGCUUUCAGACAGUUUUGGGGUGGUCUUUCCCAGGAAUCUCAUGAACAGUGCAUCCAGUGGAUUGUUAAAUUCAUUCAUGGCCAACAUAGUCCUAAAAGAAUUUCUUUUCUUUAUGACUGUUUAGCAAUGGCAGUCGAGACUGGUCUCCUUCCACCCAGGAUGGUUUGUGAAUCCCUGAUAAACUCUGACACUCUUGAAUGGGAAAGAACACAGCUUUGGGCCUUAACAUUUCAACUGGUUCGGAAAAUAAUUGGGGGAGUGGAUUACAAGGGUGUUCGCGAUCUCUUAAAAGUGAUUUUGGAGAAAAUCUUGACAAUUCCCAAUACAGUGAGCUCAGCUGUUGUACAGCAGCUUCUAGCAGCAAGAGAGGUUAUAGGAUAUAUCUUGGAAAGAAAUGCCUGUUUAUUACCAGCCUAUUUUGCAGUCACAGAGAUCAGGAAACUAUAUCCUGAGGGAAAACUUCCACACUGGUUACUUGGAAACCUGGUAUCAGACUUUGUGGAUACCUUCAGGCCCACAGCAAGGAUAAACUCCAUUUGUGGCCGCUGCAGCCUUCUGCCAGUUGUAAAUAACUCGGGUGCCAUUUGUAAUUCAUGGAAAUUGGAUCCUGCAACUCUUCGUUUUCCUUUGAAAGGCCUUUUGCCAUAUGAUAAGGAUCUGUUUGAACCACAGACUGCUUUGUUGAGAUAUGUAUUGGAACAGCCUUAUUCCAGGGAUAUGGUCUGCAAUAUGCUAGGUUUAAAUAAGCAGACCUUGAACAUUGCUCAGCACAAGCAGCGCUGCCCUGUGCUGGAGGACCAGCUGGUGGACCUGGUGGUCUAUGCCAUGGAGCGAUCUGAGACUGAGGAGAAGUUUGAUGAUGGCGGAACAAGCCAACUCCUGUGGCAGCAUCUCUCAAGUCAGCUCAUUUUCUUUGUGCUUUUCCAGUUUGCAAGUUUUCCACAUAUGGUCCUUUCUCUUCAUCAGAAGUUAGCAGGGCGAGGACUGAUCAAAGGCAGAGAUCAUCUAAUGUGGGUUCUCCUGCAAUUCAUUUCUGGAAGUAUUCAGAAAAAUGCACUGGCUGAUUUUCUCCCUGUCAUGAAGCUCUUCGACCUUCUGUACCCAGAAAAAGAGUAUAUCCCAGUUCCUGAUAUUAACAAACCUCAAUCAACUCAUGCCUUUGCAAUGACUUGCAUUUGGAUUCAUCUUAAUAGAAAAGCCCAAAAUGACAACUCUAAGCUACAGAUUCCAAUACCUCAUUCCCUAAAGCUUCACCAUGAGUUUCUACAGCAGAGUCUUAGAAAUAAAAGUUUACAGAUGAAUGACUAUAAGAUUGCCCUGCUGUGUAACGCAUACUCUACAAAUUCAGAAUGCUUUACGUUACCCAUGGGAGCGCUGGUAGAAACUAUUUAUGGAAAUGGAAUUAUGAGGAUACCUCUUCCUGGAACGAGCUGUUUGGCUUCAGGAUCAAUUAGUCCCUUACCAAUGAACCUCCUGGAUUCACUGACAGUUCAUGCUAAAAUGAGCCUUAUCCACAGCAUUGCUACCAGAGUGAUAAAACUUGCUCAUGCAAAGUCCAGUGUGGCCUUGGCUCCAGCCCUAGUGGAAACUUACAGUCGUUUACUGGUCUAUAUGGAAAUAGAGUCUUUGGGCAUCAAAGGAUUUAUCAGUCAACUUUUGCCAACUGUUUUCAAGUCUCAUGCCUGGGGAAUUUUACACACACUUCUUGAGAUGUUCAGCUACCGGAUGCACCACAUUCAGCCUCAUUACAGAGUUCAGCUCCUGAGUCAUCUUCAUACUUUGGCUGCAGUUGCACAAACAAACCAGAACCAGCUCCAUCUCUGUGUUGAGAGCACUGCACUCAGGCUUAUAACAGCGUUAGGCAGCUCGGAGGUACAGCCACAGUUUACACGCUUCCUUAGCGAUCCCAAAACGGUGCUGUCUGCGGAAUCUGAGGAACUGAACCGAGCCUUGAUACUGACCUUAGCUAGAGCAACUCACGUAACAGAUUUUUUUACAGGCUCUGAUUCAAUCCAGGGAACUUGGUGUAAAGACAUACUUCAGACCAUCAUGAGUUUUACUCCUCACAACUGGGCUUCCCACACUCUUAGUUGUUUUCCAGGCCCACUACAGGCAUUCUUCAAACAAAAUAAUGUACCUCAGGAAAGCCGUUUUAAUCUGAAAAAAAACGUGGAGGAGGAGUAUAGGAAGUGGAAGUCAAUGACCGAUGAAAACGCCAUCAUUACCCACUUUUCUGUGCAAGGCUCCCCUCUCUUUCUUUGUCUUCUCUGGAAAAUGCUCUUGGAAACAGAUCAUAUUAAUCAGAUUGGCUACAGAGUAUUAGAAAGAAUUGGAGCCAGGGCCUUGGUAGCCCAUGUGAGAACAUUUGCGGAUUUCCUGGUAUAUGAGUUCUCUACGUCAGCUGGGGGUCAGCAACUCAACAAAUGCAUUGAAAUUCUUAACGACAUGGUAUGGAAGUACAACAUUGUUACACUGGACAGAUUAAUUCUCUGCCUGGCCAUGCGUAGUCAUGAAGGAAAUGAAGCCCAGGUUUGUUAUUUCAUAAUUCAGUUGCUGUUACUCAAACCAAAUGAUUUUAGAAACCGAGUAAGUGACUUUGUGAAGGAAAAUUCCCCAGAGCACUGGCUACAGAACGACUGGCACACCAAGCACAUGAACUAUCACAAGAAAUACCCAGAAAAGCUGUAUUUUGAGGGCCUGGCGGAGCAGGUCGAUCCUCCUGUGCAGAUCCAGUCCCCUUAUCUGCCCAUCUAUUUUGGAAAUGUGUGUCUCCGAUUCCUGCCAGUAUUUGAUAUAGUAAUCCACAGAUUUUUAGAGUUGCUUCCAGUAUCCAAAUCGCUGGAGACUUUACUAGAUCACCUAGGAGGCUUAUAUAAAUUUCAUGAUCGUCCGGUGACUUAUUUGUAUAACACUCUGCACUAUUAUGAAAUGCACCUGAGAGAGCGUGCAUAUCUCAAACGAAAACUUGUCCAUGCGAUCAUUGGCUCACUCAAGGAUAAUCGACCGCAGGGCUGGUGUCUAAGUGACACUUAUCUGAAGUGCGCUAUGAACGCGCUGGAAGAAAAUCCUUGGGUUCCAGAUGACUCUUACUAUUGCAGAUUGAUUGGCAGACUAGUGGAUACGAUGGCUGGCAAAUCUCCCGGUCCAUUCCCAAACUGCGACUGGAGGUUCAAUGAGUUCCCCAACCCGGCUGCCCAUGCGCUGCAUGUUACUUGUGUGGAGCUCAUGGCCUUGACUGUUUCAGGCAAAGAAGUUGGGAAUGCUCUUCUGAAUGUCGUCCUGAAAAGUCAGCCUUUAGUGCCGAGAGAGAGCAUCACAGCGUGGAUGAACGCGAUUGGACUGAUCAUCACUGCCCUGCCGGAGCCAUAUUGGAUUGUGCUUCAUGAUCAAAUUGUGAGCGUUAUCAGCAGUCCCAGCCUGACAUCUGAAACAGAGUGGGUUGGCUAUCCAUUCCGCCUCUUUGAUUUCACUGCAUGCCAUCAGUCCUACUCCGAGAUGAGCUGUAGCUAUACGUUAGCUCUAGCGCACGCUGUGUGGCACCAUUCCAGCAUCGGGCAACUUUCUCUCAUCCCCAAAUUUCUCACGGAGGUACUUCUUCCUAUAGUGAAGACUGAAUUCCAGUUGCUUUAUGUGUACCAUCUUGUGGGUCCAUUUUUACAAAGAUUUCAGCAAGAGAGAACUCGAUGUAUGAUAGAGAUUGGUGUGGCAUUUUAUGACAUGUUGCUGAAUGUAGACCAGUGUAGCCCACAUUUAAAUUACAUGGAUCCCAUCUGUGACUUCCUGUAUCAUAUGAAGUAUAUGUUUACCGGUGACAGUGUAAAAGAACAAGUAGAGAAGAUUAUCUGUAAUUUAAAACCAGCUUUAAAACUUCGCCUUCGAUUCAUCACACACAUUAGCAAGAUGGAACCAGCUACAGUGCCUCCACAAGCCAUAAAUAGUGGGUCUCCAGCACCUCAGUCUAAUCAGGUGCCAGUGUCUUUACCAGGAACUCAGUGACGUCAGGAUGUUCUGUGGUGAGAAUGGAAAUACAUCUGUCUUUGAAAGUGGACUCAAAUCUAUUAAAUCUGAACAUGAUUAUGUUACAUAGUGAUGUAGCAGAAGCAGUGAAGUUCAGAUUGUUUUAUUUUGAUUCAAAUGGUGAAUCUAUUGACACCUUAUAACUCCCAUCUCCCUAUCUGUGCUUAUGUCUCUGAGAGAUCAAGUAAGCUAGAUGUUUUUCCCUAACAGUUUAUUAGCGCUACCUAGGAAUGUGGAGGUAUCUGAUCAAAUGACUUAUUAGAUACUUUCAUUCAUUCCUGUUCUAGCCAUUGCUUUUGUUUUUAUUUUUUAUUAUUAAUGACUUAUUCAGUUUUCAAAUACAUUAUUUUAAAGGCAUCACACAUGUAGAAAUUAUUACAAACCCUUUUAUACAUAAAAAUCUUUUGAUAUAUCUUUGGGAUAAGAGAUUUUUGUCAAUAAAGAACUGUAAGUUUCAUUGCAUUGCAGGAGCAAACGGUUUCAUAUUCUUUGUAAAUGGAUUAACAUUUUUAGCGUAGAUUUCCAAGUUAGUAAGCUAAUGUUUCUAUUGAGGUAGAUUGGCAAGUUUUUCCCUUUGCUGUAGAUUUGAAUUUAGUGUAUAAAAAGAGUUGGAAGUUAUUUAAGUAAAUAAUAUAGAUAGAAAUACAUAAACUUAAUAAAGUCAUACAUAAAGGGUGAUUCUCCAAUCUGUUUUUAAAAAUAAAUAGCUUUUCCAGGUUGACAGUCACCUGGCAGCUGAUAUGAUUCUUUGAAUUUUUAUAAUAUUAAAAUGUUUAUUUAUUUUUUAAAUACAGUGUACCUUUUGGUUCUUUAGAGUUUAUUAGAUUUUGAGAGACAAUAUUAAUUUGGGGGGGGAAUGGCAUUACUAUUGUAAGACUUGAAAAAUGAUUAGUAAAAUCUGUUGAAUGAAUCAACUGUCUGAUUGGUUAUUCAAUUUGAAUGAAUGUCUGCUGUGUUCCAGGUAGUGUGUUGACUGGGUUAUAACAGAGCUGGGCUGUUUCCAUGGGUUGUACAGUACAGUCGGUAACUGACCUUUACCUAGGAAUUAAGAGUUACUUGUUUUUCUAAAAAGAAUUAGUGAAGUUUAUAGCCAACUGUACUUCAAAUUUUUAUUUCCAAAUACAUUCUUCCUCGAUUUUUAUCUUCUUUGUGGUUCAUAUUAUUAUAAUCAUUAGAUCUUUAUUUGCCAUGCAAGUCCAGCUUAAAAUUUAUAUAAUGGUAUAAGUAAUUUUUCUAGGCUUUUGUUAAAAUUCUCCAGAAAUUUUAUGCUAGAAAUGAAUUCAAGUAUUGCUCUUAACAUGGUCUCAAUAUAGUCUUGCUACCUCAAGGAAUAUAUUGCUUGAGAUCCUAGAAUAGAAAUAAUUGUGACACUGGUACUAUAUAAAUAGAAUAAAGGAAGUAAAAAUACCACUUUCUUAAGGACAUAUACAUUCCAAUUAAUUUAUUAAAAAUUCAAUUAUUUCCUCGCUAGCGUAAAAAAUGGGAAUAUGAUUUUCCCCAAAUAGGCUUUUAAAAGAAUUAUCAUUAUUAAUUGGAGACAUUAAUAGAAGACAGAAGUUUUAUGUAUAAAAUGUACCUGAGGUGGGGGGAGGGUGCCUUUCUUCAUUACUUCCUGCAAGUGUUGUUUGUUUGUUUUUAAAUUAAUAGUAUUAUAGCUUUAAUGUGGCUCUGUCCAGUAGGACUUCCUGCAGUGGUGGAAAUAUUCUGUCUGUGCUGUCUGAUACAGUAGUUAGCAGCUACAUGUGCCUAUUGAGCACUGAAAUGUGGAACUGAAUUUUAAAUUUCAUUAAUCUUAAUUUAAAUAACCACAUGUGGCUACUAUAUAGGACAAUACAUAAAGCAAGAUCCAGUAUAAUUGGUCUUAUCUAAAAGUAAUUCAGUAAAAUAUCUUACAAAGUCCGUAUUAGAUUUGCUAAUUAUGUCACAUUUUACAUUAUUAGAUUUACAUUAUUAGAUUUGCUAAUUAUGUCAUAUAGUGUCAAUAGUUAGGUUUAAAACCCUGGGCUGCAUGUGAAGAAUCAGUUGGUAGGUAGAGGCUGACAUGGCUGUUGCAACAGCUGCAAUAAAAGGCCCCUUUCACGGGGCCUGUUUCAUUACAGUCCACUCGAGUUCUGCACAAGUGUGGAAGAAGGAGAGGAGUUUGCUUCCCUGGUUUUGAUUAUAGUUCACUCUCAUUUAUUUUCUUCCACUCUCUUCACUAUAUUCCAGAGCCAAGAUGAGUUUUCUGGGCUGUUGAAAGAUUUCAGCUAAUGAGAGACAUAGUAUAAUUGCAAUGAGUGCAGGAUGGGGUGUUUGGAAAUCACUGAUAGUUUUAGGUGAAACCCCUAUUUGAAUUAGCAGACCUUAGAAACAAAUAGCAUUUUGAUUUCUUUCUUCUACCUCCCAGAGGCUACUAUGCUUAAAAUAUAAACCAACACCAUGUUUAAAGGUUAGAAAAAAAUAAAACGUGGUCAUCUAAUAUUAAUGAACAUGGAGAUUGCCGAAGCCUUAUAAUUACCCAUUUUACAGAUGAAGAAACCAGAGCCAGAAAGUUCAGUUUCACCAAGGUCUUACAAUAUUUUGGGGAUGAUGAACUCACUGUGGCUUUUUAAAUCCUUUUAGUAGUUUUAAGCAGAAUGUGUGUGCGUGUGUGUGUGUGUGUGUGUGUGUGUGUGUGUGUGUAUGUGUGUAUUUUGCAUAUAUUUAGAAUCAUGUAGACGUGAUAGAAUCUUAUUAUAAAGAGUUUAUUAUAAAAAUCACAUCUUUUGAACAACAUGGAAAUAUGGUCCCUUUUCAGAUGGGGUAGUUUUAUCUCCUGAUAGCAGGAAUCCCAUUCUAUGCAUGGGGGCUUAUGUAGGAAAUACAAGCUUUUUAAUUUU